UUCUUGAACUUCUGUGGCCUGAACUUGAUAUGGGUGUUAUGGAAACCAUAAAAAUCAUUGUUUCAUGCUCUCUUUGUUUGUACCUUCUAUUUUUUCUCAUCAAGCUCAUACACAGACUAUGGUGGGCUCCAAUUCGCAUUCAACGCGUGAUGAACUCACAGGGAAUCAGAGGCCCUUCUUACAGACUCAUCCAUGGAAAUAUGAAAGAGGUCCUCAAUAUGAGAACAGCAACCAUGAGCAAACCAAUGGAUUUAUCGCACAACAUAUUCCCCAGACUCGAGCCUCAUCUACAAUCUUGGCUCAACAUAUAUGGGAAGAAUUUCCUUAUGUGGCAUGGUCCAGAAGCUCAGUUAGUUAUUACAGAAGUAGAGUAUGUCAAGGAAAUACUUAACGACAAGGAAAAGAGUUACGUGAAAGGAGGUAUUGAAGGCAUCUUAAAGAAGCUGUUAGGAGAUGGGCUUGCGACAUCUAAAGGUGAAAAAUGGGCAAAGCAAAGGAAACUGGCCAGCCACGCUUUCUAUGCAGAGAGCGUAAAAAAUAUGGUUCCGGCGAUGAUUGAGAGUGUUGAGAUGAUGCUAGAAAGGUGGAAACAUCAUGAAGGCAAAGAGAUUGAUGUAUUUGAAGAAUUUAAAGUAUUAACUUCAGAAGUCAUUUCGAAGACAGCUUUUGGCAGUAGUUAUUUAGAAGGGAAAGAUAUAUUUGAGAAGUUAAGCAAGAUGGUUUUCUUAGUUUCCAGAAAUACGCUCAGAAUCAGGCUUCCUGGCCUUAGCCUAUUCUGGAAGAGUAGCGAUGAUAUAGAAUCAAAUAAACUUAAACGCGAAAUAAGAGAUUCUAUUACGAGGAUUGUAAGGAAAAGAGAAAAAGUUUUAAGAGAAGAGGGAAACUUUGGGACUGAUCUGCUUGGUCUACUUGUGGAGGCUUAUAAUGAUACCGACAAGAAGAGUAGGAUGACACUGGAAGACGUGGUUGAUAAUUGCAAGACCUUCUACAUUGCUGGACACGAAACGACAACCUCCUUGCUUUCGUGGACCAUUCUUCUUCUAGCAAUCAAUAGGGAGUGGCAAGACAAAUUACGGAAGGAGGUUCUAGGGUUAUUCGGAGAACAGAAUCCAACUGCAGAAGGCAUUGCAAGAAUGAAACAGAUGACAAUGGUCAUUAAUGAGACCCUAAGGCUAUACUCUCCUGCCCCCGGAUUUACGAGAGAAGUACAGUGGGAAAGCAAAUUGGGAAGGCUUGUCCUUCCAGCCAAUUUAACCCUGAUCAUUUCUACUCUGUCUCUUCAUCUUGAUCCACAUAUUUGGGGAGAAGACGCGCAUCUCUUCAAUCCAGAAAGAUUUUCAGGAGGAGUGGCUAAAGCUACCAACAACAACCUGGCAGCGUACCUUCCCUUUGGUUUGGGACCACGCAAUUGUGUAGGCAUGAACUUUGCAAUUAAUGAAGCAAAAAUCGCUCUCUUGAUGAUUCUACAACGCUACGCAUUCACUCUGUCCCCAACCUAUAUUCACUUGCCAGUUUUGCAGAUCGUACUUCGGCCAGAAAAUGGGAUUCAAGUGAUGCUUCACCCUCUCUAGUAUGUAUCAAAGUGUGCACACUGGGUGCAAAACAGUCUUAAAAUAAAUAGUAGUAUCAAGCAUGGGAUUGAAGUGAUGCUUCAUGACCCUCUGUCGUAUGUAUCAAGGUGUGCACUGGGUGCAAAACAGUCUUAAAAUAAGUGGUCAAGAGAUAUUUUGGGGC